AUGGUGGCUGAUGCUCUUAGUUGUAGAGUAAUAUCUGAUUUGAGAGUGAUGUUUGCCCGCCUAAGUCUAUUUGAUGAUGGGAGUCUACUAGCUGAGUUGCAAGGACGAGUUUGUGUACUGAAUGACUCUGAUUUGAAACAGUUGAUUUUGAGAGAAGCGCAUAGUAGUCCAUAUGUUAUGCAUCCUGAUAGGAAUAAGAUGUAUCAAGAUCUUUGUGAGCUGUAUUGGUGGCUGGGUUUGAAACGAAAGAAAUGGGAACGUGUUACUAUUGACUUCGUUAGUGGGUUGCCUUUAACACCUACUAAGAAGGAUUUUGUUUGGGUCAUAAUGGAUCGUUCUCGGUUCUUGAGAAAGCUUUAUGAGGCUCUAGGUUCAAGAUUGAACUUCAGUACUGCGUUCCAUCCUCAGACAGAUGGUCAGUCUGAGAAGGUGAUUCGAUACUGGAGGAUAUACUUUGGAGUUGUGUGA